AUGGCGAAGCGCCGUGCCGGAGGGGGCGGGGCGCGGACCGGCAUGUGGCGGGCGCUGGCGGGGUCGCGGCGGCUCCUGCGGCCCCUCAGGACCGNGGCGGCGGCGGAGCGGCGCCAGGCGGCAGAUACUGUUCUUCCAAAGUUCAACAUUGACUUGGUCGUAGCACUACUGAGGCAAGAAAAUGCUAAGGACAUCUGUGUCAUCCAGCUAUCUCCAGAAAUAAAAUACUGUGAUUAUUUUAUAGUUGUGAGCGGAUUUUCAACACGACAUCUUCAUGCAAUGGCACAUUACAUGCUGAAAAUGUACAAGCAUCUCAAAGAAGAAAGUGGUCCUCAUACUCAGAUUGAAGGAAAAGAGACAGAUGACUGGCUGUGCAUUGAUUUUGGUAAUAUAGUGGUGCAUUUCAUGCUGCCAGAGACACGACAAGUUUAUGAGUUGGAGAAGCUGUGGACUCUUGGUCCCUACGAUGACCAGCUAGCACAGAUGACUGCACAGUCCCUGCCAAAAGACUUUAUAUUUGGAUUGACUCCUAACAGCAGUGAUGAUCUCGAGACAAGAACUUAAAGCAGCUACUGCAUGGAAAGAGAAUGAGUGUGCCUGAGUCAUGCAGUCUUGGGAACUGACUGAGUAGUCAGUACCAUUGAUCAGUACAAAACASUGUUUUUAUUGAACGUGCCUAGGUAGAGCUCUGAACAAGCUUAAAUGAGCAGGAUCRUGGAAUCWUUAAGAUUGGGAAAAACCCUUAAGAUAAAGAGUCCAACGAGGAAAUGUCAAAGAUGGACUCCUAUCAGAGCUUCCCAGGGGAGCGACUGUCUUAGUGGAGUUUGCAGUGAGAAGAGUGGGGCAAAGACAGCUGUUUAAGCUGGAGCUCAUGCUCAGCCUCUAGAGUAAUUGUUUUUCUAAUAUCUUUGAAAGACACCCUGUAGUGGCAGUGCAAAACAGAUGGGAGUGCUGCAAGGAAAAACUGAAACAGUACAGUUGAGAUGACGCUUCUUGUGUUAAGCCAUUUGCUUCUGGUCACAAUAAAGCAAAUCAUGGUCUGAAGGGAGGCAGAAAACAGACUGGUGUUACUGAGAACAUAAAAGCCAAGAGCAGCAGUGACAAAUAAAUAUGCUUUGAGUUAUCAGAACAGUAAAUCAGUUUUCCAGCCAAGGCAAAUCUGGUUUUGAUAAUAAAAAAAAGCCCCAAACUGAA